CUUCAGAAAGCCCAAAUCGCAGAAGCCCAACCACGCGCCACCCAUCCGCAGUCCAGACUCGCCGAGCCACGGCGAAGACGACGGCGCGACUCGCCGCCCCUGACCUAAACCUCCGAACCCCUCUCCGCCGCCGCAGUCGCAGGAACCAUGUCUCAGAAGAAGUCGCGCGGCGGAGGCGCCUCAGCCGACGACCCCGAUGACCUCUCUCGCCCUCCCCCUCUCCAGGCCGUCCUCCUUGCCGACAGCUUCACUCUCAAAUUCCGCCCCAUCACCCUCGAGCGACCCAAGGUGCUGUUGCCGCUGGUGAACAUGCCGAUGAUCGAGUACACGCUCACGUGGCUGGAAUCGGCGGGGGUGAACGAGGCCUUCGUCUUCUGCUGCGCGCACUCGCACCAGGUCAAGGAGUACCUGAAGAAGGCCGGGUGGACCGGGAGGACCGGGGGCAUGGCGGUCACGGCCGUCGAGUCGCACGACGCGAUCAGCGCCGGCGAUGCGCUCCGUGCCAUAUACGACCGCGGCGUGAUACUUGGAGAUUUCAUUCUCAUCAGUGGUGAUACAAUCAGCAAUAUGAGCUUAAAGGAUGCUCUCCAAGAACAUAAGGACAGAAGGAAAAAAGACCCACUUGCUGUUAUGACUAUGAUUAUAAAGCAUUCAAAACCUUCUAUCCUGACGCACCAAACACGGCUGGGUAAUGAUGAAAUUGUUAUGGCGACAGAUCCUGAGACAAAGGAGCUACUUUAUUACGAGGACCGGGCAGAUAGCUCACACUUGUAUGUGACGAUCGAUAAGGAUAUACUGACCAACAAUCCUACUCUCCAGCUGCAUAAUGACAUGGAGGACUGCUAUAUUGAUAUAUGCUCUCCAGACGUCCUAAGUCUUUUUACUGAUAACUUUGACUAUCAACAUCUUCGGCGCCAUUUCGUGAAGGGCUUACUAGUUGAUGAUAUUAUGGGGUACAAAAUCUACACUCAUGAAAUACACUCGAGCUAUGCUGCAAGGAUUGAUAAUUUCAGGAGCUAUGAUACAGUGAGCAAAGAUGUCAUUCAAAGGUGGACAUACCCGUUUGUGCCUGAUGUGAUAUCCUUUGGUGAUUGCCCAGAAAGUAGACUUCAUAGGCAGGGAAUAUACAAGGCAUCAGAUGUAAAAUUGUCACAUUCUGCACAAAUUGGUGCAAAUUCUGUUGUUGGCAGUGCAACAAGCAUUGGAGACCAUUGCAAGGUAUCAAAUUCAGUUAUUGGGGAGAGCUGCAAGAUUGGGAAAAAUGUUUUGAUUAAUGGCGCGUAUAUAUGGGACAACGUCGUAAUUGAAGAUGGAUGCAAAGUUAGUAACUCGUUAGUCUGUGAUGGUGUUCAUUUAAGAGCAGGUGCUAUUGUUGAGCCUGGUAGCAUACUGUCAUUUAAGGUUGAAAUCGGAAAGAAUGUUGUUGUUCCUGCCCACUCAAAAGUGUCCUUACUUCCUCAGCCUUCAAACGAAGAUAGCGAUGAGGAGCUUGAGUAUGCUGACACCAACUCUGGAGUUACAGAUAGUCCAUCCUUUUCCAGUAUGAGGAGUAACGGCGACCAAGCUACUGUUCCUUCUGAAGAAGAUGACUCAGGGACAUCUGAGACUGGGACCUGUGGUGUUGUCGGUUACAUAUGGACAAGCGGUGAUACUGUUAUUCAGGAAGAAUGGAGACAAUCAGUUGCUCCAAUUCCUAAAGGAAAACUUGAAGAGUUGAAGCAUGCUGUUCCUGUUCACGACAAUGAUGGAUCAGAAGAUGACUCGAACAAUCCAACUGUAUUAGAUAAAGAUCAUGAUUCUGAGAGCAGCGUGGUUGAGGAUGAUGAUCAUAUUUCUAAGUUUGAGAAAGAGGUGGAAGAGACGUUCCAACGAGCUCUGGAUGAUGGUGUUAAACAAGAUAAUUUGAUACUAGAGAUUAAUGGCCUCAGGUUAGCAUAUAGCCUUCAACAUGCGGAUUGUGCUGGAGCUGUGUUCUAUUCUAUCAUGAAGAGUGCAUUAGUGGCUGCUCAAUCUGCUAAUGAUCCUCUUCUAAAGACAACAGCAGAAGCACUUGGCAAUUGGAAGGAUCUUUUGCGCAAUUACACCAAGACAGUUGAUGAAGAGAUGGAGAUACUACUGAAGUUUGAGGAAAUGUGUCAAGAGACCACAAAAGAAUUUUAUCCUCUGUUUUCGAAGAUCUUGCCAUUCCUCUAUGAUAAGGAGGUAGUAAGUGAGGAUGCAAUUUUGAGAUGGGCGGAAGAGAAAGAGCAUGCUGAUGAGUCUGAUAAAGUCUUUGUUAAACAGUCGGAGGCUUUUAUUCAGUGGCUCAAGGAAGCUGAAGAGGAGGACGAAGAAGAGGAAUAACCCUGGAGAUAGUACUUGAUUCUUUUGCACGCGUGGUGAAUGCAGAAUCUGAUUUGAGUUGUCUCUCGGUGAGUUUGCAAUCGGCAAGUUUUGUAACAUGUAAUUGUUUGUACAUCAAUACAAUACAAUUUUGUUUCUAACAGAUUGGAAAAGAAGAGGAACAAUUUGCCGAUGAGUCAUGAAUCAAAUGGUUCCAGAGUGUAGAUGUGGUGAAGUUUUCGACUCAUUUGUUUAACUGUCCAUCUGUUUCUUUGCACCCAACACUUGCUCAAAUCUUUAAUAAAAGCUUGGUUAGAUAUGGCUCC